CGGUCACGUGACCGCCGGGCGCCGAAGUGGGCACCGGUCCGGGUGCCCGCCCUCCCUCCCUGCGGUCGGACCCGGAGCCGUCUGCGAGCCCCUAAUUGUUGCUCCAGGUUUUUUCAGGUCUGUGAGGCUGUUGUUCCCAGCACCGUGCUGGGCUCCAUAAAGACAAGGAGCCUGUCCAGAAUCCCCGCAGGACAGGAGAAGAGGGGACAUCUCAACAUGGAAAAACUCUGCAAUGAAAAUGAAGGAAAGCCUGAGAACCAUGGAAAGAUGGAAGAGGAAGAAGAGCCACUGGAUGCGGGAAAGCCAGGAGUAGCUUGUGCCGUGGCAGACAAGGAAAAGUUAGAAAACAAGGGAAGGACAGAUCACAGGGGAAAGCCAGAAGAUGAGGAAGUUCUAAAGGAUAAGGAAAAGCCAGAGAGUGAGGCAAAGCCCAAAGAAGGAAAGCCAGAGAGCCAGGGAAAGCCAGUGGGCGAGGGCAAACCAAAAGAAGGAAAAGCAGAGAGUGAGGCAAAGCCAGAGAGCCAGGGAAAGCCAGUGAGUGAGGGCAAGCCCAAAGAAGAAAAGCCAGCCAGCGAGCCAAGGGCUGCAGGAAAGCGCCCAGCUGGGGAUGAUAUACCCAGGAAGGCCAAAAGAAAAACCAACAAGGGGCUGGCUCAGUGUCUCAAGGAAUACAAGGAGGCCAUACAUGAUAUGCAUUUGAGCAAUGAGGAGAUGAUAAGAGAAUUUGACGAGAUGGCCAGAGUGGAGGAUGAGGUGAAGAAAACCAGACAGAAACUGGGGGGGUUUAUGUGGAUGCAAAAAAGUUUACAGGACCCCUUCCACCCCAGGGGCCCAAGGGAACUCAGGGGUGGCUGCAGGGCCCCACAGAGGGGUUUUGAAGACAUUCCAUUUGUGUAGUGCCCCUGGCAGGCACUUGCAAAGCCUUGUGCUUUAUUUAACCUUAUCCUAAUACUAUGCUUUAGGUGUCAUUAUCAUUAUCCAAUCACAGACCUCUGUUUCAGUAGCAGAUUUUCAUCCAUUGCAUGGAAAAAUGUUUAUGGUGCAUUGUAAAAUUAAAAAAAAAAAAAAACCUAGUUUGCAGAACCAUAUAUAUGCUAUCAGUCCAUUAUUGUAAAACUACAAAGAUAGUUACCUAGUGAUCCAUGUACAGAAACAACUCCUAAAGCUGUGUCUACUAAAAGAUUAACAGUGGUUA